AUGCAUCAUAAAUCUUUAUUAAAACAUACUUUGGAAAAUUCGACCCGAAAUCCGAUCGUCAUCGACGACGACGAAGAAAUUGACGACGUUCAAGGACAGGACUUGAACUGGGACGUGGAAAUGGAAGAUCUCACAAGCGGCUCAGAUAGUGAUUAUACAAAAUACUGGAUCGAUUGGUUUUUGUCCACUAAAGGAAACGAGUAUUUCUGUGAAGUUGAUGAAGAAUAUAUACUUGAUCGAUUUAAUUUAACAGGAUUGAAUUCUGAAGUUCAGCAUUACGUUCAAGCGCUUGAUUUGAUAACUGAUUCAUUGGAAGAAGAACUUGAUGAUGAGAUGCGUGAAGCAGUUGAAAAAUCAGCACGUCAUUUAUAUGGUUUAAUUCACGCGAGAUUUAUUAUCACAAGUCGAGGAUUGGCGAAAAUGCUUGAUAAAUACAAAAAAGCAGACUUUGGUCGUUGUCCACGUGUUUUAUGUCACAAUCAACCACUCUUACCAGUUGGCCUUUCAGAUCAGCCUUAUACCAAGUCAGUAAAAUUGUACUGUCCUCGUUGCGAAGAUAUUUAUAAUCCUAAAUCCACACGACAUGCCAGUAUUGAUGGAGCAUACUACGGAUCUACAUUUCCUCAUAUGCUUUUCCAAGUUUAUCCACAUUUGCUUCCACCUAAAAAUAAUGAACGAUACGUACCUAGAAUAUUUGGAUUUAAAAUUCAUGAUAUUGCUAAGCAACAUCGCUGGCAAGAUCAGCAAAGGGAAGAACAACAGAGACGAAUUACGGCAGGAAACGAAGGGAAUAAUAAUACCUAA